AACUGUGACGUUUAUAAAUGUAGAUAAUGACUGAAAUGACAUGGUAUAUUGUACAAACAAGGUGUUAUCAUAAUUAGUACAUAUAGAGCCUGUAUUGUGUAACAUUAUGUCUGCCAAUUAUAGACAAAAACAAACUUGAGCAGACAAAUAAAUAAUGACUGAUCCCGUGUCACCUUGAGAAAUUGACAAGCGUGUAUAGUAUCAGUAAGUAAAGCGAUAAAAUGACCCGGAUUUAAAGAUAUAAAUAGAAUCGGUUUACCUUACGCUUGGAUAACAUCAAUACUUUAUCGGUGAACAAGCAAAAUGUUAAGGAUAUUGUAUUAUUAGUGAUAACAGCAGAUGGCAAAAUUUGUGUCACUUAAAAGAAGUAAAAGCGAGCAGGAUUUAAACGAUUCGCCAACAUCGGAGGAGAAAACACACAAUGGGAUUAAACUUCUGGUUCAGUUAGCCGAGGGCGAUCUUCCGGUACUUGAAUUUCUGAACGACUAUAUACAAGACUUUUUAGACGGCAGUUACCAUGGAAACACGGAAUUUUACCUGCGAUCUCAUCAAUUUGUCUCACAACUGGAGCAGUUCUACCGCGAAAAGAACUCCCAGUGCCCAUAUUAUCUUAUAUCCUUUUUCCGGCACAUCAUUACUCUUGUAUCAGAAACGUUGUUUCUUUCUGCGUCAAGUGACGUUUGUAAAGUUGCUGUAGACUCAGUCGUCGUUACUUCACCAAGGGUCAAGGUCAGAUUACGAGAUUUACAAGCAAACGUGGCUGAAAUUCAAGACUUGACUAUUAAACUAGAAAUUGAUAUAAUUAGGCAUUUAAAAGACAGUAAAAACUUUCAUUUAAACCAAUUUGAUUCAAAAGCUGUGAUAACUCAAACUGAGCAAAUAUGGCGGUUACUUCGACGAUGUGAGACACCGAUGAAGGAUGUUACCAUGGCAGUAGAAAAGAAAGCGCUCGCUGACAGGGGUUUCUUUCAGAAAGCAUCUAUGGGAAUAGGGGCAGUGUGUGCAGGUCGUUUCUUGUGGUCGUUAUGGCAAGGCGAGGAUCAAGAACAACUAAUAAAUGCAGCUUUGUGGUCGGUUGGUACGGGUGUUUCUGGUGCAGUUUUACAGAUACCACGAGCACGUGCAGAUAGAAUACUAGAAGAACUAGCACGACAGAAAGGAAAGAAAGAAGACUUGCAGGACAUACUUAAACAUUGGCUUAUAGAAUCAGAUGGUCUUUGUGCAAAGUUGGUCCUUUACUCUUCUUUUAGCGGAAAACAAGUCUAACACAAUUAAAUCAACGAAAAUUAGCAGAGAAAUUGAGUCGUACUAAUUGUAAUUCUAACACGCAUUUGUUACUUUUUAAAUCCUCUUAUUAAGUUUUUGUUCUGAUAUUAAGUAUUUUGAAUGAAAUGAAUAAUAAUGAUACAUGUACGGAAAUAGUUUUCUUGCCAUAAGGUUCAAUGGAAGUUAUCAUGGUCCUUUGUUAUGUCCCCUUUCUUUAAUUCCUUUGUAAGCUUCACUCUGUGUAGUACAAACUCAAUUUAAUGUGAAACAUAUUUCAGUAACAAAUAUACAUGUUUGACUGUAUGUAUUAUGAGUUAUUUUUAAAUAAUAUUGGGUGCGUUUUUUAAUUAUUUCUAAUAUGAUGUAUAGAUAAGAAUAGAAACAAACUGCUUUCUCUAAGUGUUAAAGAUUUUAUUUUGGUAAGGGUAUCAUAAUGUCUGAAUGUAUUAUUUUAAAAUGAAAACUGUUUCAUUUAAUAAUAAAAUAUUGUCAUUUAUAAGUCAUUUACGGGUUUAUAAAUGCCGAAGUGUAAUAUUUCCUAAAGUAAGAUAUGGCAGACGAUAAGGUUUUAGGAUUUCUGAUUGGUUAGUGUUUCUUACUUGGAAACGCUCUUCUUCUCACCGCCAUUGGUUAUGAUUUCGUAAGGGACUUUUCGGUUGUGUACCGUGUAAGUAAGCUGGACUGGUAGCUUAAAGUAAGUUGGCGAUUCUUAUAUCUGUCGCUCAAAAUAUGGCAUAUAGGGACACAACUUGUGUCUAUUUUCAUCCAACUAUGUUGCAAGUUCGAUAUAAGACUAUUACUGUGUUAGUGCUGGUGAGAUCGAAAGCCCAACCCGACGUCUUUUCAGGCAUUCUUUUAUAGUUAGAAAAUAAACAUGUGUUCGUCAAAUUA